AGGUUUUCUCCCGCCACGAGGCUCUAGACUUGGCUAUGGCGGUGGUGCAAUCUCAGCGCCAAUCUCACCACCACCACGGCAUCUCAAGACUUCUGCCGUAGCCUCAUUGUGAUUAACUCACGCAUACCUGCACUGGUAAAUCUCGUUUGAUGAAAUUUUUAUGUCAUGGAGUGUGUUGUAGCCGUAAGGAAGCACCGAUGGAGUGUGUUGUAGCCGUAAGGAAGCACCGAUGGAGUGUGUGAGAUUAUUGUUUUUGUAGACCCGGAGAGGAAACGAGACGUGUGAUCCGACAAUGGCAGAUGUGGGUGCUUCAGCGGGUGAUCCCUAUUUGCUUCAAGCAAAUCUUGAUAACACCGUAAGCAAGAUCAUGGAGAUGGAAGAGCAAAUCGAGCGCCAGGUGGAAGAGAUUGAGAGGCUCCACGACAUGGAAUCCGAAUUGGAAAGGGCCUCUGGAAUAGAGAUACUCAGUGUAAGUCACAACUUUUUGGAGAUGCGGAUAACAACUUAUGUACCCACCAUGCAAGCCGUAAGUCCGAACCACCGCGGCAAGUACGAGCAUGAUCUGACUAUCGCAUUGGACACGGCCGCAAUGACUAUUGAAGCAGUGCAGCUCAUUCCAGAAGACAUACCUUAUGAGGACCUUGUAGCGGAAGCCAAGGCGAUGACUGCCCUUCAUGAGGCGCCAUUAUUGGUUAACGGAGAAGGAUGGAGCAGACAGAUUCCCAGUCUGAUCAGUAGAAUUCGUCAUCGUAUUUAUGCCAAUGUUCUGAAGAGUGCAUCACUUACAGUAUCUGCCAAGGAUCCCAGGUACAAGCUCAAAUAUUCGCCGGAAGCAAAUCUUAUUGUUGCCACUCUUCCGGGACCCGUCACAGCGAAUAUAGAAGCUCCUUAUGGAUGGCCCAUGCCUGGUUUCGCCCUUCGCUUGAACUCUCUUGUUCCCUCUGCCAAGGCACAUUACUUGGGAUCUGUAGACAUGCUUCAACAGUGUGUGGACCUUGCAAAUACAAGUCCUGAGUCUCAGAGGUCAGGCGUGGUGCAAUUUCUUGAAGCAAUUGAGAAGAUUCUUGUUGUGAAAAGAUGGGAAGCCUCGAGUCAGCUUUAGUCAAGCUCAUCUUAACAGUAACAAAGAAAACAGUGUACCUUUCAGUAGUGAGGGGAUACUAUGUACAGUGCAUUUAUCAACGGAAUCAUGAACUGGAAUCAUCAAUCGAAUAUAUGUAUAGCAGUCUUGGUU